UUUCCGUCAUUAUUCGGGCAGAUGCAGGGGAAUAGUAUUGAAUGGUAACCACUAUACACUCUAAACUAGACAUGGUAGUCACAUCACUUCUUUGACAUCUAGUGGUAUAUUUUUACUCUCUCGACUUAGUUGGCUUAGUCGUGAAUAUAAUUUCUUUAAUCCAUUCAAACAAAUACUAAUACAACCAAAUCUAACGUGUGAUCGCUCACUGACUGCGCACCGAGCAUGACAGAAAGCAUUAUGCCACAGUGCUCGUGUACUGGACGGUUGUUUCUCGUUUUCAAAGCUGCUAAAUUAUCAUUCGUCGGUGGCUGAAUAUUAUAUACGUCAUAAAAUAGUUUAAGAAUAUGUGCAGAAUUGCAAUGUUUGUGACAGAAGGGGCAUGACGGUCCUUCCAGAGCUGGGGAUUCAAAUCCCGUUUCCUCUCUGUGUGGAGUUUGCAUGUUUUCCCUUUGUCACGUGGGUUUCCUCUUGCAGUCCAAAGACAUGCUUUAGUGUAUGAUUAUGUGUUUGUGCCUGCAAACUCUGCUAUGGAAUUCUGUACUGUCCUGCUUCUGAUCAUUAUUUUUUUUCAUUUGGUGUCUGAUCUAAGGUAUCCCAGCCUGUGCUGGAACAGGCUGUAGGUCACCCUGACCAGUACGACUGGUUAGAAGAUGCCAGUGUCGACUUCCUGUGUUAUACAAACAACCCCGGCCAGUGGUUAUGGUGUCUGUCUGAAGGCUGAGCUGUCGGUGUGGAAUGAGGGCUUGGAUGUCGAGGCACUCGACGGAGAGGGUGAGGAGGGGAGUCAGAACGCGGACCGUCCCACGACGCAGGGGAGGCACGAGGAAGCAGCGGCCGCAGAUGCCGAUGCAGCUCCUGAGGACAGCCAAUGGGAGGAAAGGCUCUCUGUCGUACAGGCUCUGGGAAAUGUGGAGACGGGUGAGGCCACGAUGUCGUGCUCAAGGACUGACGAGCCGGAUGUCGUUGAGCAAGAGCUGGGGGGGCCGGCAGGUCAUGAGGUGCGGGGGGGGUCAGAGGAGCUUCGGGCAGAGCCAGACAGCGAGGAACUCCUGGGCAGCUCCAUCAGCUGUUACUUCAGUACUGUGGAGACCUUAUCCCCGUCAGCGCCUCCUACUGGAGACUCCAGUGGCAGCGAGAGUGAGUCAGGAGGGCAGCUACCCAGCGUGAGGACAGGAGGGAGCGCUGGGCCUGCAGGAGGAGGCAUGAAGGAGCAGCCAUCAAAGGAGCCACAGGUGGAGGCGCGGACCCAGGAGCGUCUCCGCCACGCGCUCAACAUGUGCAUCUCCCUGCUCAUCAUCUUGGCCAUCAGCAUGGGCUUAGGGCAAAUAUAUGAUGGAACGGUACCAGUUGAGCCAAAGCUGGAGCUGGUGGAGACGGUCCCCGGGGAAGAUCUAAGCGGUGUGAGAGGAGCUCUGUCCUGGCACCAGCAGGGAGGAGGCAAUAUCAUUGCGAGCAAGGAAGUGAAUGAGUAUCUAACAGGUGAUCCAAAGCAGAAGUGCACCUGGGCCCCACCCAGCACUGAGAGCACGGACAGGAAAAAGAAGGACAGCCCCCAGCUCAGACUCCAACAGGGGGCGUUGCAGCAGGAAGUUGAGGAGAGGCGCACCUCAUCACGUCCGGAUCACCUGUCUGUGGAGAACCGGCAGCUGAAGAGCCUGCUGGUCUGUGAGGAGAAGUCCGUGUCCACCUUGCAGGAAGAGCUGCGUAACCUGCGCAUGCAGAUCCGGAACCUGGAAUGGAAGGGCGUGGGGGUGCGCUCGGUCCCGCCCAAGGAGAACCAGCACGGGCGGAGCUUCCGCGGACUACGGGACGUGCUGAUCGCAGAGGCACAAGUGCUGCACAAGGAGCUGGACAGGGAGAGGCGUGUGACAGGCCUCCUGAAGGAGGAGCUGCGGCAGCUGAGGGGGCACAUUGAGGGCUUCUGGGGGACAGGUGACCUAGAAACAGAGAUGCUGCAAGCCCGGCUAGUGGAGCUGGAGAAGAGGCUGAACUUCGAGCAGCGGCGUUCCGACCUGUGGCAGAGGCUGUAUGUGCAGGACAUAGACAAGAGGACAAAAUGGGACAAGAGGCUCAGAGUCAAGGUCCCCAAGGGUAGCAUGGUAGGGAAAGUCAAGCAUGUGUUCCAGGUUGUGAAGAACAUCUCCAGGGAGCUGGAAUACCAUCACAGGGAGGAGGUCAAGAGGGAAAAAGAAGAUGUCAAGGAAAACCAAAAGUUCUUGGAUUCUGUCAUGUCUACUUUCUACAACUUAAAGGAAAUGACACAGAGUUUCUUGAGGAAGAAAGAACUUCCUGGACUCAGCAGACUUUUGGAAAGGAGUGACGUCAAAGGGAAACACUGCAGCCAAAGGCACGUGUGCUCAGGGGGUCGUGCCGAUGGAGUCUCCUGGCCACACAAACAUCACCACCUGCAGCAGACCUCUGACAGCUUUCAGGCAGGCAGGGAAACACUGAUUCCAGGGAUCAGAGUUCAUGUGUACCCAGAAGUGACAGCUCACACAAGAACUAAGGGAUGCUCAGGGGUGUUUGACUGUGCAAGCCAAGAGUUCACAAGCCUCUUCAAUAAGGCACUCAACCCCAUCCAACUGAGUGAGUUCAGCCAGCUUAUUUACACAUACCUCCAGCAAGAGGUGGAUCACUUCCACCACUGGGAGGAGCUGGAGAGCUUCAUCGACAGCUUCUUCCACAAUGGUGUCUUCAUCCAUGAUCAGAUGCUGUUUACAGACUUUGUCAGUGGGGUAGAGGACUACCUGAAAGACAUAGAUGAAUACAAGUGCUUGAACAAGAAUGUGUUUGAAGAUCUUGACAGGUCUGUCUACAGGUACUUCUUUGGAGAUGACAAUGCCCAGUGGUAUGCCCAGAGUGCCUCUGCGUGAUAGACGUCUGUUUAGACACACACCGUCUGAAAUCUUAAAAGAGAAAAGAAUAUCUGACUCACGUCCCACACCCAAGAGGAGACGGGAGGCGGACGGUGCCCGGACAGCUCCGUGGGAGACACGGCUAACACUGAACUGGAGUAAAAAACAGAAACGUAGAAAUGUUAGCUUUAGCCUUUAGCUUUAAGCUAAACUGAUUUAUCCUUGUAUGUUCUCUUAAUUGUAUAAUAGUUAUUAUAGAUAUUCCGUUCUUUUAACUCCGGUUUUAAUGAAUUUAUUCUGAUAAAUAAAAUGGGUGUAUACAUUAAAGAUACAGAAAUUGUUAAUUAGAAAAUGUAAUUUGCUGCCACGAAAUGUUUAGGUUUAAAAAAUAAUGUUCUAUUUUCUAUUAAUGUAGGAUUUUUUUGUAACUUUAAUAAAAAUCAACAAUUUUUUGCUGUGUAAA